UGGCCCGGGUCAACGACGUCCGCCACCGGCGCCGGUGGAAAUUCAGCUACUGUGGGUCGAAGUCGAAGAAGAAGAAGAGGUGGAAAGCGGUUCUUCUGCAGAAAGAGAAGAGGAAAGCACAGAGCCGAGAACUGAAUGUGGGGACUUUGAGUGUUGGGACGAUGACGGGAAAAUCUCGGCAGUUGGUUGACAUGAUGAUGAGGAGGAAGGUUGAUAUAUUGUGUGUCUGGGAAGACCAGGUGGAAAGGCAGUAAGCCUAGAAGUUUCGGGGCAGGGUUUCAAUGAUUUGACCAUGGUGUCGAUGGGAAGAGAAAUGGAGUCGGGGUUAUUUUCAAAGAAGAGUUGGCUAAGAAUGUCUUGGAGGUGGAAAGAGUAUCAGAUCGAGUGAUGAGGCUGCAACUUGAAAUUGAGGGUCUCACGUGUAACGUGAUUAGUGGCUAUGCCCCACGGGUAGGAUGUGACCUAGAGGUCAAAGAGAAAUUCUGGAAGGAACUAGACCAAGUAGUGGGCAUCCAGGAAAGGAACUUGGAGGGAGAGAUGCUGGUAGACUUUGCAAAAAGGAUGCAAAUGGCUGGAGUGAAGACUUUUUUUCCAGAAGAGGCGGGAACAUAGGGUGACACAUGGCUUGGACACGUCCGGAGGAGAAAAAGUGAGUAUAUUGGUAGAAGGACGAUGGGGAUGGAGCUGCCAGGCAAGAGAGCGAGAGGAAGAGCAAAGAGAAGGUUGAUGGAUGUCGUGAGGGCAGUUGGUGUUGGAGAGGAGGAUGCAGGAGAUAGGCCGACGUGGCGACCCCUAAAGGGACAAGCCCAACGGGAAAGAAGAAGAUUGAAGUGAUCAUGAAACUAAAUCUCCGUUCACGCCAAUCGUUGGGUUUCUCUCCACGAAAGAAGCGAUGACAAGACUGGAAAUGGAGUUUUCCUAAUGCAAAGUAAUAGCUUUUGUUCGCACGUGUAAGUAGCCGCUGAGUGCUCGAAGCAAAAGGCAAAGCGGCAUUUGGGCAUUAUUACCUCGUUCGAUGUCAAACGAGUGUUCUCGUUGAAGUAUAUGACCGACGAGAUGGAGCAAGUGACAAAUCGAGACAGCAUCUACUUUUAGUUUGAAAAGCCUCAGCCAGAAAGGCACUGUGAGCGCGACUCCAACUUGCACAGCAGCGGCGGGCGCACUUACUUUUGCCUGACUGAGUGUUGACGCUCGUUCAGCUUGAUGCCAGCUUCAUCUUCCAGAGCAGCGAGCAGCGAGCAGCGCCAAGUCUCCGCCCUGCAGCCUGCACCAUGCACGGGGGCAAAAGAGGACUGGUGGCCCCGCAAAACACCUUUUUGGAGAAUAUUGUGCGACGCUCCAGUGAAACCAGCUUCUUGUUGGGAAACGCGCAGAUCGUGGAGUGGCCGGUGGUGUACAGCAAUGACGGAUUCUGCAAGCUGUCCGGCUACCACAGAGCCGAGGUCAUGCACAGGAGCAGCACGUGCAACUUCAUGUACGGAGACUUGACGGACGGGACGACCGUCGACCACAUCCGACAAACCUUUGACGGCUACGAGUCCAACUUCUACGAGGUGCUGCUCUACACCAAAAACAGAACGCCCAUUUGGCUGUACAUGCAGGUGGCGCCCAUCCGCAACGAGAACGACAAGGUGGUGCUUUUCCUCUGCACCUUCCGAGACAUCACGCUCUUCAAGCGGCCCAUCGAGGACGAAGCCGCGCGAGGAUGGACAAAGUUCGCCAGGCUGACGCGAGCGCUAACCAACAAUCGCAACCUGGUCCAGCAGAUGGCGCCCCUGAGCAAGACGGAGGUCAGCCACAAGCCGUCCAGAUUGGCAGAGGCCCUCCAGCUGGGCUCCGACAUCCUCCCCCAGUACAAGCAGGAAGCCCCGAAAACCCCGCCGCACAUCAUCCUGCACUACUGCACCUUCAAGACCACGUGGGACUGGAUCAUCCUCAUCCUCACCUUCUACACGGCCAUCAUGGUGCCCUACAACGUGUCGUUCCGCACCAGGCAGAACAACCUGGCGUGGCUGGUGCUGGACAGCAUCGUGGACAUCAUCUUCCUGGUGGACAUCGUGCUCAACUUCCACACCACCUUCGUGGGCCCCGCCGGCGAGGUCAUCUCGGACGCCAGGCUCAUCCGCAUGAAUUACGUCAAGACCUGGUUCGUCAUCGACCUGCUGUCCUGUCUGCCCUACGACAUCAUCAACGGCUUUGAGCAUUUCGAAGAGGACUUUGUGACGCCUUCGUCCCCGGCGAGUCAUCUUCGUGACUCGUCAAACUUCCACAGGAACGGGACCAGGACGGAGGACUCGGUUCUGCCAGGUCUGAGCAGCCUGUUCAGCUCGCUGAAGGUCAUCCGGCUGUUGCGCUUGGGCCGAGUGGCCCGCAAGCUGGACCACUACCUGGAGUACGGCGCCGCCGUGCUGGUCUUGCUGGUGUGCGUCUUCGGCCUGGUGGCCCACUGGCUGGCCUGCAUCUGGUACAGCAUCGGCGACCACGAGGUCAUCGACGAGACCACCAACACCAUCAAGACGGACAGCUGGCUCUACCAGCUGGCGCUGAGCAUCGGGACGCCGUACCGCUACAACGCCAGCGGCACGGGGCGGUGGGAGGGCGGCCCCGACAAGGACACGCUCUACAUUUCCUCGCUCUACUUCACCAUGACCAGCCUCACCACCAUCGGCUUUGGCAACAUCGCGCCCACCACCGACGGGGAGAAGAUCUUCUCCGUGGCCAUGAUGAUGGUGGGAUCGCUGCUGUACGCCACCAUCUUCGGGAACGUGACCACCAUCUUCCAGCAGAUGUACACCAACACCAACCGCUACCACGAGAUGCUCAACAACGUGCGCGACUUCUUGAAACUCUACCAGGUCCCCAAAGGCCUCAGCGAGCGCGUCAUGGACUUCAUCGUGUCCACGUGGGCCAUGUCUAAGGGCAUCGACACGGAUAAGGUGUUGUCCAUCUGCCCCAAAGACAUGCGGGCGGACAUCUGCGUGCACCUCAACCGCCAGGUGUUCAACGACCACCCGGCCUUCCGCCUGGCCAGCGACGGCUGCCUGCGCUCGCUGGCCGUGGAGUUCCAGACCACGCACUGCGCGCCCGGCGACCUCAUCUUCCACGUCGGCGAGAGCGUCGACACGCUCUGCUUCGUCAUCUCCGGCUCGCUCGAAGUCAUCCAGGACGACGAAGUCAUCGCCAUACUCGGCAAAGGCGACGUGUUCGGCGACGUCUUCUGGAAAGAGAGCACGAUGGCGCGAUCGUGCGCCAACGUGCGUGCGCUGACCUACUGCGACCUGCACGUGAUCCGACGAGACGCGCUGAUGCGGGUGCUGGACUUCUACACGGCCUUCGCGCACUCCUUCUCGCGCAACCUCAUCCUCACCUGCAACCUGCGCAAACGGGUGAUCUUUCGAAAGAUCGCAGACGUCAAGCGGGAGCAGGAGCGCCAGAGGAACGAGGUGGCGCUCUCCAUUCCCGACGACCACCCGGUCCGGAAGCUCUUCCAGAGGUUCCGGCAGCAGAGGGACGGCCAGACGCCGGGGGAAUCGUCCCCGUACUUGGAUGGCGACUGCCCGCAGGAGAAGCCGCCGCACGCCGACGCGACUCGCGGCCGAGCUGAGAAGUCCGAACAAAACUGCAGCGCAGAUGCCGUGGGGUCUCAAGCGAGGCCUUGUGCGGAGAAGCCGCCGAGCCAGGGGGUCAACAGAGAGGGGAACGGGGCGACUAGGGGGGCGGCCGCCUGCAGAGGAGGGGCUAGAGGGUGGGCAAAGUUUAAAAAUGCCACCUCAACUGCACCUCCUCCUGUGGUUGGAGAGCAAGAGAAAGGCCACGGUUGGGCCAAAGGAUCUCAGUCGUCGGAGCAAAUAGCAUCCAACAAGAACCAGAACCAGGGGGACGGCGGGGAGGCGGGGAGCACAGGGGGCGGCGCCAACACAGAGGAAGCCACCGCCCUGCAUAAAACGGACUCGUGCGACAGCGGCAUCACCAAGAGCGACCUCCGCAUCGACCGAGUCGGCGACUCCAGGAGCUCCUUCGAGCGCAGCCCCAACGAGCGCAGCCCCAUGGAGCGGAACCCGUUCGGGCCCGGCGGCUCCGAGCGGGACCUCCCGCAGGCCGCGCUGUACGAGGCCAAGGUGGAGCUGAAGGCCGACAUCCGGACGCUGGGCGCCCGGCUCGCCGCGCUGGAGGCUCAGGUGGGCGAGAUCCUUCGGCUGCUCUCCGUCAGCAGGAGACUCUCGCUGCCGCCCACGUCCUCGCCAAGGCCCAGGUUUAGGAACCAAGACUCUGUUGCCGCCUUGGUUAGACUCCGAAAAGACGACGGGCCCUUUUGAGGGAACCGGUUACAAAUUGGAGUCCUCUACACGGGUACAAAGAAGGACCCCAGGAAGCAUUAGCUAGCUGGCCUGCCAAAGAAAUGCAUGAAAACAAUUUUAAAAAACACGUGACAGGGAUUUUACAGAUACAGUACAGUUGCUUUGGCAGCAUGUUGUGGCAUCUCUAGGCACUAGAGGCACCUUUUUUUGGGGGGGGGGUGGGGGGGGUCAUCAAUGACUAUGUCUAUCACAAAAUAUUUAGAAUUGCCAUUAUUAACACUUAAAACUGAAAAUAUAUCACAAACUAUGAUCCCGAAACACUACCCUUCAAAAUAAAUCAGCCUUACAGCUGAAUUGCACAUGUACAUCUCUCUCCGUAAUUUCCACUAACAACCCAGGCUAAACUGAUCUCGUCUCAUGCUCGAGAUGUAUCGACUCUGCCACCUCGGACUUCAUUUGGUUUUUGCAUUAUUCGUGAACUAUGGUGUACCUAUAGGGUCAAAAAGGCUCAGUUGAGUAGCUGACUUGAAAAAAUGAAGUCAUUGUAGAGGGCGGUCACUCACCCUGGUUCCCAGAUUUUAGGGUAAAGCAAGAAGUAGCCGAGUAAAAAAAAAAAAAAACUCCGAAUUUGACUUGCUUUGGCUUAAAUCCGCAUCAGCGAAGAAAUACGGUGGCCCCAAACAGGUACCAGGUACCAGGUACCAGGUACCCGACUGGGGGAACCCAGGAGCGAUAAGACAAAUUCUUGACUGGCCUCACUGAUGACACUUGACCUCCGCCAAGGUCAAACAAACUCGUUUAGUACCCUGUAGGCGGCGCUCCAUCUGCUGCGUUUGAUCGGUAGGAACACCGCCGGCAGCCAAACGCCAAAAUAAUAUCACGUAUCCUCACCAAAAUGGUCUUUUUUCGCUAUCCCGCUUCCCCGGCGGAGGUACCGUUAACGUGCUUAUGAAGGCUUUUGUUGACGCGCUAGCCUGACGGGAAUGCCGUGUCAAAGGUCAACAGCUCCCCUGCCGCUUCAAGGCUGACUCAUGGAACUGUACAUCGGCGUCGGUGCCUUAAACUUGACUCUAACCUCAGUGAUGCUUUGUUGAUGAAGCUUGAAUAAUAUGUUGCCAUGUGUCCGGUCCAAGAGUAAAAGUGGAUUUUUCAUUAGGUUCAAGGUUUCAUUUUCUUAUGACUUUGUUUUUCCAAAUUCUGUUAGUUUUAACUCAUUUUUAAAGCCCGUUUGCUAGUAUUUAGUCUUUUCUCAAAAAAAUGCUGAGCUUGAAUUUUUUGGUAAUUUCUCAGGCAUGAGUUUAACACUUAGUAAACCAGUAUUGCCAGUCAACUACCCUGAGAAUGCCCCAUCUUGGAAGCUAAGCAGGGUCAGUCCUGGUUAGUAUUUGGAUGGGAGACCACAUAGGAAUGCUGGGGUCGGGCGGUGGGCCAAUCACCGGCUCCCGUAAGAACCUACAGAUUGCGGCCUUAUGCGCCUCGUGGCACUGAGAUUGCUAAAAAACAAAACAAACAACAGUAUUGCGUAAUAAAGACUCACAACAAACGAUACCAUUUAAAGACAGAUGAACAGUCAUCCACAAAUUAAAUAUAAAACCUGCAGAAAAAAAAAAAAAGGAUUUCAAAUCAAUCUAAAGCUCAUGUAUGAAAAAAGGAUUUUCACAAUAAUUAAAGUUCGUUUUAAUUACUUUUGUGAACAGACAAUCCAGUUUCAGUUGUUUAUUUUCAUUUCAGUUUACCAAAAAAUGUUUUUUCAAUUCUGGUUUUAUUUCAUGUGUGUUUGUUAAUUAUAAUAACGAUGUUAAUGACGCAAGAAGUGCAAGAUGUGUUUCCCUUACGUACGUCUAUGAGAAUGGUUAUUAGUUGCCGUAUGCACGUUAACCAGAAAAGUGGAUGCAAUAAAGUGAAUACCAUUUUAUUGAUUGAUUAUUAUUCACGAUAAAUCAGUGCAGCAAUGCAGUGUCGCGCUCAGGUAGCUUUGAAUUGCGGAUUUAAUGCCAACAUAUCUUUGUCUAGUGUGAGAAUGGAUGGCGAGACGUAUCGGGUUGAAAGGGAAAAAAAAUGCAAAUUUGGGCCUGAUGAUGUCAUUUGCUUUGUGUGACAAUCAAUUUUUGUGAGCACGUGACCUCUCCGCCGCAUCGUUGUACAUAUUCUAGAUUUGUAAAAGGCCUCGCAUGUAUCCAGGGAUGUGAGAAAAACAACAACAACAACAAAAGAAAACCAAAAAAAACAAUGAUACCUGACCACCA